AUGCAGAGGUUGUGUGGUAUGCGCCCUGAAGGGUUGACGGUCCACUCAAGGUUCAGCCCUCUGCCGUCGACGUGCUUCUUCGACACAAUUAUCAUCCCCUUACCGGCGUGGAUUCGUAUCGUCGUCACCUUUGCCCUUUUCCACUUCGUCGUGCCAGUUAUCAUCGUCGACAAGAUUAAGCGGUAUGCCGUUAAGAAGGAAUGGCAGAGACACGCCCAGCUGUCGGCCUACUACUUCUCGAUCCUCGUCGUCUUCCUCAUGGAGAUUCUCGAAAUCGCACGACUGGCGCAGCUCCGCUACGCCAUCGGUCUACUCCCCUUCGUCUUUGCGGGCUGCGGCUUAUGCGCAGUCAUGCAGGCCACCCGCGGCGCCAAGGGUCGGGUUCGCAACUGGCAGCCGGCCAACGUGAUCUUUUGGAUCAUGAGCAUUGCCGUCACCAUCAUCAAGAUACUUACGAUUCAGCGUUCCAGUAUGCGCAGCCCGGAGUUCAGGCGGAUGAAUACCGACUACCCGACGACCCAUCAGGUCUCAGACUUGGCCGUCAUUGCUGGCUUUUACUUUCUCCUCUUUGUUAACGAGCUCGCACUCAUGUUCCAGAAGACGUGGGAUGAGACCGUCGACGGCGAGAACAUCAAGAAGCUGCGUCUCACCAGGUCGAUCAGCGACCAGGCUCGGUACGAUCUCACGCGCGCCAUCGAGGAGGGCUACUACCCGUCGGGCGUCACAUAUCUCACGCUCAGACUCGAGGGCGAGUCCGCCAGCGAAAAGGCUGUCAGCAAGGACGACAUCCUCAAGAAGACGGCCAGCAAGGACGCCUCCAUCGCGGGCUCCUCAUCCAGCGAGAAGACGGCCGGCAAGAGGAUCAUGGAAGACGACACUAUUGAGCCCGUGCCCUUGAUCCCGCCCAGCUUCCGACACAACAGCGAGCGUUGGUCUUCGGCCAUGACGCUUAAGGACGCCGGUGGCGAUGACAACAUGAACGAAAAGGUGGGCGGCAAGGACACCAAGAAGCGUGGCAGUCACGACAAGCGCAUUUCAAGCUUCGCCACCCCCAUGGUUGCGGAUAUCGACGAGAUCACGCCUAUGGAGCCUUUGUCGACUUCGUCAUCCCGCUACGAAGACGAGCACAUCGCUCAAAAGAACAUGCUCCUUGACAGCCCGUUCCCCUUGAAGGAGCUCCCCGAGAGGCGAUCCUUCUUGCUCAAGCCUUCGCGUCCUAACACGGAGCGAUGGUCCAACGCGAUGACGCUCCGAGGCGAGCCGUCUUCGAGCCAGGAGCCUUCUCCCAAGGACAAGGACUACUACACUCCCAAGGAAGACUCUUCUCCCAGCACGCCUCCUGCCCCCGCGACGGCGCCGACGACGCCAGAGCGCAAGGUCUCAAGCAGCGAAAGAAACAUGACGAGGCGGUACUCUGACGCGUCGACAAGAUCUAUUAGGCGGUUCUCGGCGCGCAGCGACCUCCGCGAGGCGGCGGCUACGGCGGCGGCGUUCGUAGACAUCGAUGAACCGCUCUCUUCGCCGACGGAGACGCACCCGCUGCAGCCGCAUGACGACAACAACGAGCAAGCGCCUUGA